AUGCAGAAGCCGAACAAGAACCGCUACGAGCGGUGUUCUCGUGGUGGAGAAUGCACUGUCAUUCCUCCUGACGCGAGGGGUGUUUGCCUCUUCUUUUGGACGUAUCACCGCGCUCAUCCCAAUGUCAAUGAUGAGGAUGAUGAGGAUGACGAGAAUGAGACCAACCCGUCUGAUAUCGCCAAGGAGAAGGGAAAUCGUCGCAUCGCUGCGAAGACCAUUUUGAAGGGUUACUUCACGGGAGGAACAGAGUCUAUUCCGCCUGAAAGAGGGAAAAAGUUAAUGUGUUAUUUUGACCGAGUGGCUUGGAUUUAUCUUACGUGA